AAAAAGCAAAGUAAGGAGGGGGCAGAGUUAAAGCCUUUUACACGUGAUAAAGAAAACACCAAAAGCUCUUUUGCAUGCGUCUAUAAGAUUCAUCACCAUCAUCAACUUCCUUUUCUCACUUCCCCUUUUUAUUAUCAUUAUUUUUUUUUCCUUUAAAAAAGACCCCAUUUUUUUUCUUUCUAAUGACCCAUCUUCUAUUUUCACACACCCAUUUCUUUAACAUGUGUUUAAUAGUUACCUAGCUAGAAAUAAGCAUAAGGGCUUCUUUGUUAACAAAGAAAUAAAAGUUGGUUAUAGGCAAAAACUAAACGUGAAAAACUGGUUAUUUGCUGAAAAACUUGUUGUCACAUUUGACUAGUGAGUGUGUUUGUGUGUGCAUCUUCUGUGUAUAUAUAGCUAUAUAGCUAUAUCUAUCUAUUUAAGGCCAACAUGCCAUUGAGGCAAAUGAAAGAGAGCUCAGAACAACACCUUGUGAUCAAACCCAAUUUGCAAAAUCCCAUGAAUCAAGCUAAGAAAGUUACUAGAGCUGUUCAAAAUGGAAAAGGUCCACCACCAUUGACACAAGAGCCUCAUAAUCAAACUUCACCUCAAGCAAGGACUGGUGGAAGAAGAAGGAGUAGAGUUGGUGGCAGAAAAUCUGAUCAAGGGGAUGUUUUGAUGAGACCAAGUUGUAGACCUUGUACUGUUGUGAAAAACACUGAAAAUGGAAACACAGUCUCUAGUGAUGUAGAGAUGAGUUUCCCUACCUCAAGCAAGUCUUUGAGCUUUGCUCCUCGGCCGGGCUAUGGACAAGUUGGUACAAAAUGCAUUGUUAAAGCCAACCAUUUCUUUGCAGAAUUACCAGACAAGGAUUUGAAUCAGUAUGAUGUAACUAUUACACCCGAAGUAUUGUCAAAAGCGGUAAAUAGAUCCAUCAUAGCUGAACUUGUGAGACUGUAUAAAGAGUCUGACCUUGGAAUGAGGCUUCCAGCAUAUGAUGGUAGAAAAAGUCUGUACACAGCAGGGGUUCUUCCCUUUUCUUGGAGAGAGUUUAAGAUUAAGCUUAUAGAAGAAGAAGACGCAAUUAAUGGCCCCAAGNNGGAAAGAGAAUACAAAGUGGUGAUCAAGUUUGUUGCUAGGGCCAACUUGCAUCACUUAGGGCAGUUUCUAGCUGGCAAGCGAGCUGAUGCACCACAAGAGGCAAUUCAAAUUCUUGACAUCGUUCUAAGAGAGUUAGCGUCCAAGAGGUUUUGUCCCAUUGGGAGGUCCUUUUUUUCACCCGAUAUUAGAGCACCACAACGGCUCGGAGAAGGAUUGGAGUCAUGGUGUGGAUUUUACCAGAGUAUAAGACCUACUCAGAUGGGCCUUUCCCUCAAUAUCGACAUGGCUUCUGCGGCAUUCAUUGAACCUCUUCCAGUGGUGGAAUUUGUCGGCCAGCUAUUAGGAAAAGAUGUGCUGUCAAGACAGUUAUCUGAUGCUGAUCGCAUUAAGAUUAAGAAAGCUCUUAGAGGAGUUAAAGUUGAAGUAACGCACCGAGGGAGUGUUAGACGAAAGUAUCGUGUUUCAGGUUUAACAUCACAACCAACAAGAGAACUUGUAUUUCCUGUUGAUGAGAAUUCAACUAUGAAAUCAGUAGUUGAAUACUUCCAAGAGAUGUACGGUUUCACUAUUAAACAUACUCACCUUCCUUGCCUUCAAGUUGGUGGAAAUCAAAAGAAAGCAAACUAUUUACCGAUGGAGGCCUGCAAAAUUGUCGAGGGGCAACGAUAUACCAAAAGGUUAAAUGAAAAGCAAAUUACGUCUCUCCUCAAAGUCACUUGCCAGAGACCCCGUGAUCGAGAAAAUGACAUUUUGCGGACUAUUCAGCAUAAUGCAUACGAUCAAGAUCCUUAUGCAAAGGAAUUUGGGAUUAAAGUCAGCGAGAAGCUAGCUACUGUUGAAGCCCGAAUUCUUCCUGCUCCAUGGCUUAAAUAUCAUGAGAGUGGAAAGGAAAAAAAUUGUUUACCCCAAGUUGGCCAGUGGAAUAUGAUGAACAAGAAAAUGAUUAACGGAAUGAAUGUUAGCCGUUGGGCAUGCAUAAAUUUUUCACGAAGCGUGCAGGAUAGUGUUGCUCGUACUUUUUGUAACGAGCUUGCGCAAAUGUGUCAAGUAUCUGGCAUGGAAUUUAAUCUAGACCCUGUGAUCCCCAUCUACAAUGCCAAACCUGAGCAAGUAGAGAAAGCUUUGAAGCAUGUUUACCAUGUUUCGUCGAACAAAAUUAAAGGAAAGGAAUUGGAGCUUUUGUUAGCAAUUUUGCCCGACAACAAUGGCUCUCUCUAUGGUGAUCUCAAGCGUAUUUGUGAGACUGACCUUGGUUUAAUUUCUCAAUGUUGUCUGACAAAGCAUGUCUUUAAGAUCACCAAGCAGUACUUGGCCAAUGUGUCUCUGAAGAUCAACGUUAAGAUGGGUGGUAGAAACACCGUUCUUGUUGAUGCCGUAAGUUGCAGAAUACCAUUAGUUAGUGACAUACCGACAAUAAUAUUUGGAGCAGAUGUUACGCACCCUGAAAAUGGGGAAGACUCCAGCCCCUCAAUAGCAGCUGUAGUAGCGUCACAAGAUUGGCCUGAAGUUACAAAGUAUGCAGGUUUAGUUUGUGCUCAACCUCAAAGGCAAGAACUUAUACAAGAUUUGUACAAAACAUGGCACGACCCUGUUCGUGGCGUAGUUAGUGGUGGCAUGAUCCGAGAUUUGUUGGUUUCCUUUAGAAAGGCAACAGGACAGAAGCCACUAAGGAUUAUAUUUUACAGGGAUGGUGUAAGUGAAGGACAGUUUUACCAAGUUCUAUUAUACGAGUUGGAUGCAAUUCGGAAGGCAUGUGCUUCUUUGGAGCCAAACUAUCAACCUCCAGUAACUUUCAUAGUUGUACAAAAAAGACAUCAUACUCGGUUAUUUGCGAACAACCACAGGGACAGGAACAGUACAGAUAGGAGUGGAAAUAUACUUCCUGGAACUGUUGUAGAUACCAAAAUCUGUCACCCAACAGAGUUUGAUUUUUAUCUCUGCAGUCACGCAGGCAUCCAGGGUACAAGUCGGCCAGCACAUUAUCAUGUUCUAUGGGAUGAAAACAACUUCACAGCAGAUGGUAUUCAAUCUUUAACAAACAAUCUCUGUUAUACAUACGCCAGAUGUACACGCUCCGUAUCUGUUGUUCCUCCAGCAUAUUAUGCACAUUUAGCAGCUUUUCGAGCCCGUUUCUACACGGAGCCAGACCUACAAGAGACCGGCUCCAAUGGGGGCGGUCGAGGUUCCAAGACAACGCGUGCAGCCGGAGAUUGUGGCGUAAAACCAUUACCAGCCUUAAAGGAAAAUGUGAAGAGAGUAAUGUUUUAUUGUUAGACAAUAUAAAUCCGUUUGACAAUGAUAGAUGUAUGAGAACAUGGAAAAUCAAAUGGUACAUGAAGCAAACACCAUCAUCAUCAUGCAUUGCAAUAUUUGACAUCUCUUAAAAAGUUACUUGUACAUUAGUAGUGACUCUUCAACAUUGUGGCAAGUUUUUUCAUAAUAGAUCCAUGAUUGUAGUUCUAGAGGACUGACUAGUUUAGGAUUCCUAGAUGUAUUUGGCUACUAGAUCUUGUGAGACAUUCACCCAUAGUUUAGACUUUAGAGUUGCUAACUUCAGGCAUUGUUAAUUAACUAAGCUCUAUGUAUCAAUCUUGUAGAUUUUUUUUUCUUUUUUGCCUUGUAGAUGUUGAAGAGUAUAAAAAAAAAAAAUCACUUCCUAUAUUUGCAAGGAUUGUAAUUUGCAAGUUAUUAUUGCUAGUCGAGUAAAUCAUUUUCGUCGUAAA